GGCAGCACCGGCAGUACCAGCACCCCCGUGUUCGCUGACUGCCCCGACAAUGACGAUGAGCGGGAGAGGCGCCGGCGCCGCCGCUCCAGAGCUGUGGAGUCGUCGCUGGAGCACCUCGGCUCCCCAUCGCCCAGGACCGAUAGCUGGCUGCCGUCGCUCCCCCAUGGACCAACGCGCAGAUGUCGGAGCACUACACCACCUGCAUCAGGCUCUCCGCAGAGAAUAAAAUCACCACCAAGAACGCCUUUGAGCUGCACCUGAUUGAUUACAUGGCCACCUUCCUGAGUCAGGACUCGGAGCACGUCAACUUCCAGUUGGCAGCCAGCAGUCUGGAGGCCGGCGCCAAGAUCUACGCCAUGCGUGUGGAUUCCGUGCACGCCGACACCUUCAGGGUCCUGGACGUCCUGGGCAAGAAGCCAUCCCCUGCCCGGGACUCAGACAGCCCCAAGGAAGACUCCAGCCCAGUCCCUGAGGCCGCCGGGAAGGCUCAGCCAAAGAAGAAGCAAAGGUUCAAAACCAUCGAGGAGAACCUGAGCAACAUCAACGUGCCCGAGGGCAGCCACAGGCCUGAGGUGGAUCCCUUUUUCCAGCGAUCACUCGCCACCUUCAACGAGUGCAACGUUGCCGGCGCUUUCAUGUCAGGGCUGCGCACCCAGGACUUCCAGAGCCGCCUCCUUUUCCCCUCUGAGCUUGUCCCUCUGCCCUCCAAGGAGAACCCAGCCCUUCCCAGCACCCGCCCCAUCACUGUGCCAGGUCUAAAAGACCUGCUGGCCCAGUGCGUGGAAAAACGCCCGAUCUGCUCCUCCCUGGCUGGAUUCCGGUUCACCAAGUGGGAUGAGGAGUCCCACGACAAGUCGGUGUCGGAGCUGCUGGAGAAGUUCCAGAAGAGCAAGCAUGCCUUCGAUCCCAACCUGGAUCAUGACAGCGAGGAGGCCGAGGACUGGGCCCCCUCCCAGCCCGAAUUCCUGCCUGAAUCCCCGGCCGGGGACGGGAGCCAAGAAUUCCAGCCCCAUGGAGACUCCCUGGGCCACAGAAACAGGAGCACUGGAGCCACUGGAGCUCUCCCAGGAGAGGGGGACAUCAGUGCCAUGAGCAAGCACGUGUCCCUGAAUCCCGGGGAAUAUUCCUACUUCAGCCCUCAUGUGCUCUCCAUGUGGGCUGGCCCCGAGCACUGGCGCUUCCAGCCCCGCCAGCCCCCAGCCCCAGGCCUGGAGAAGGAUUCCCGGCAGAAGAUUCCCAAGAAGCCUUUCAAGCUGAAUUUCCAGGAGAAGACUGACUUCCAGGCCCAUUUCCAGGAGACCAAGGCAUCCACAACUUUGGCCAAAUCCACCCUGAAAAGCCAGAACAGACGGAGAACCACGCUCCCUGAAGACUUCAAUUACGACCCCCAGAACCUGAGGCAGCUCUUCCUAAAACCCCAUGUCAAGAUUGACCCGAGCUCGGAUCCAGUGGGAGCCUUGGACAGCGAGGAUGGAAUUGAGGGUUACGACUACAAUAACCCCAACGACACCCUCAACUUCUGCCCUGCCCCGCCGGUCCCUGACAGCGAUGACGAUCCCGAUCCCGCGGAAUUGCCGGACCAGGCGGGGCUGUUGCCGCUCCCGGCUCAUCCCGAGGCUCCGGAGCCCCCCGGGAUCAGCGGCGGGAACGGCCCAGACUGCGGGGAGCUGGAGCUGAUUGCUGAGCCCCGCAAGAUCCCUAAGAUCCCCAUCCAGUACGCCAGGAGAGCCAAUAGGAUGGACAUGAGGAGGCUGAAGACGACCAUGUGGGAGCUGCUGACGGAGCAAGGAGAGGGGGCAGAGGCAGAGCCGAGGGAAGAGGCCGAGGAGCAGGGAGCCGUCGGAGGGACGGACCUGAAGGUGGCUGGAGAGAAAACCCUGAGUGGCGUCUUCAGGGAUCUGCAGCACAGGCUCCCUCCUACCAUGGCUGCCGACCUGUCGGUGCCCUUGGCCUUCCUGUCCCUCCUGCACCUGGCCAACGAGAAGAAUCUGAGUCUGGAGAGCACCGAGGACCUGUCGGAUGUCCUGGUGAGAUCGGAGGACUGACCUGGAGCCACUCCAGAUCCAGCAGGGAAUGCUGAGAAAUCCCAAAAUCCCAAAUCCCUGGGGAGGCUGGGAUUCAGGGAUGUCCUGACUGGACAGAUCUAGCCAGGGUCCAUCAGUUUUUCCCUGGGAUUGGGAAUUCCUGCACUUCACUGUGAACCCAAGCUGCUCUGUGUCCCAGUGUCAAAAAAUUUCCUUUCUGUAUCCCAAAGUUUCCUGUCUGUCCUGAAAUUCUGUCUCCCAAAAUUUCCUUCCCAGUCUGUAAUUCCCAGUUUUUGGACUGACUGUUACUCCUGACCUCCAUUCCCUGGGAUUAUUCCCUUUUGUUACUGUUUUCAAGAAUAAUAAAUUUUGCACAUUUUGGA